GCCGCCGCCGCCGCCACCACCACCUCUCGCCCCGCGUGCAGGAGGCUCGAUCGCCGCGGAGCUCGCGGGCCUCGCCGCCGCCAGGCGCCCCGCCGCCCUCCUCCCGCCCCCGGCUCCGCCGCCACCGCCUUUCCCGCGGCUCCCGAGGCCCAGCUCUUUCACUUUGGGCAAGGGGAGGGAGGAGGGGGACGAGGGUUCGGCUGGCUCCGCCGGACGAGUUGAACAUUGCGGGGUGUCUGGGCUUUACCCCCCUUCUUUGCAAAACACCAAAACAAAAACGCGAUCUGCUGGGCCGCCCUCCCGCGCCCUGGCUUCACCUCGCGGGCUGCCACCGAGGGGAGCUCGGAUGUCCGGUUUCCUGUGAGCCUCCUACCUGACACCCGUCGGCUCUCCCCGGCGAGAGCAGCUUGCAAAAGUCGGGAGCCGCUGAGCCGCGGAUCCGCUCCCGCCGCCCUCGGCUCGCCUAGGGUGGUCCCCGGAGGAAGCCGCGGGACAGGGACCAGCAGGGGACCUGAGCCUCGCGCCCAGCUGCCCCGCCCGCGGACUGCCUCCCCACUCCCGGUCCUUCCACCAUGCACUUGCUGGGUUUCUUGUCUCUGGCGUGUUCUCUGCUCGCCGCUGCGCUGAUCCCGGGUCCGCGCGACGCGCCCACCGCCGCCGCCAACUUCGAGUCGGGACUGGGCUUCUCGGACUCCGAGCUAGACGGGGGCGAGGUCAAGGCUUUUGUGGGCAGAGAUCUGGAAGAGCAGUUGCGAUCCGUGGCCAGUGUUGAUGAACUCAUGUCUGUCCUCUACCCGGAGUAUUGGAAAAUGUACAAGUGUCAGUUGAGGAAAGGAGGCUGGCAACAGUCCAGUCUCAACACAAGGACAGAAGACACUGUCAAAUUUGCGGCAGCACAUUACAACGCAGAGAUCCUGAAAAGUAUUGAUAAUGAGUGGAGAAAGACUCAAUGCAUGCCACGUGAGGUGUGUAUAGAUGUGGGGAAGGAGUUUGGAGCAGCCACAAACACCUUCUUUAAACCUCCAUGUGUGUCCGUCUACAGAUGUGGAGGCUGCUGCAACAGCGAGGGCCUGCAGUGCAUGAACACCAGCACAGGUUACCUCAGCAAGACGCUGUUUGAAAUUACAGUGCCUCUUUCUCAAGGCCCCAAACCAGUCACAAUCAGUUUUGCCAAUCACACCUCCUGCCGAUGCAUGUCUAAACUGGAUGUUUACAGACAAGUUCAUUCAAUUAUUAGACGUUCCCUGCCAGCAACACUACCACAGUGCCAAGCAGCCAACAAGACUUGUCCAGCAAACUAUGUGUGGAAUAACCACAUGUGCAGGUGCCUGGCUCAGCAGGACUUUAUAUUUUCCUCAAUUUCUGGGGAUGACUCUACCAACGGAUUUUAUGAUGUCUGUGGACCCAACAAGGAGCUGGAUGAAGACACAUGUCAAUGUGUCUGUAAAGGGGGGCUCCGGCCUUCCAGCUGUGGACCCCACAAAGAACUAGACAGAAACUCAUGCCAGUGUGUCUGUAAAAACAAACUUUUACCUAGCUCAUGUGGACCCAACAGGGAAUUUGAUGAAAAUACAUGCCAAUGUGUAUGUAAAAGAACCUGUCCCAGAAAUCAACCCUUGAAUCCUGGAAAAUGUACCUGUGAAUGUACAGAAAAUACACAGAAGUGCUUCCUAAAAGGAAAGAAGUUCCACCAUCAAACAUGCAGUUGUUACAGACGACCAUGUACAAAUCGGCUGAAGCACUGUGAGCCAGGACUGUCAUUUAGUGAAGAAGUAUGUCGCUGUGUCCCUUCAUAUUGGAAAAGACCACAUAUGAACUAAGAUCACACUGUUUUCCACUUCAUCAUUUUUCUGUCUUGAAAAACUGUUGCCACAUUAGAACUCUAUGAACACAGAGACUCCGUGAGGCCAUGGUAACUGAGAACAAAGUCUUUGUUUCCUGAACCAUGUGGAUAACUACGGAAAUGGAAGUUCAUGUGCAAAAGGCUUCUUAAAAGACUGGUUUUCUGCCAGUGCCAAGGUUUUUCUUCUUGUGAUUUAAAAGAAAAAAGAAGAGAAAAGAAAAAAGAAUGACUAUAUAAUUUAUUUCCACUAAAAAUAAUGUUUCUUCAUUCAAUUUUAUAGCAAUAACAAUUGGUAAAGCUCACUGUGAUCAAUAUUUUUUAUAACAUGCAAAAUACGUUUAAAAUAAAACAAAACUUGUAUUAU